AUGACCUCACGCGUCGUCGCCGUCAUGAUCGCGCUAAGCUGGAGCGUCGCCAUCGCCGUCGGCGUCGUCAGCUUCGUCGAGAACAGCUGGUCGCCCGACGAACCGUGUCUGUUUGACGUCAUCAGUGGCACAGCGACGCUCCUUCUCGGCGUCGUCUUCAUCGCCAUCUGCGGCGUCACCAUCGUCGUCAUCUACGCGUACAUGAUGCUCGUCGCUAGGCGACACCGUCGGUGCAUCCAGCCGCUGCCGCCGCCGACGACGAGCAACGGUUCCUCGCAGCCGACAGAGCUCCCGGAGGAGCUUCGCUCCUUCUCCGAUGCGCUGGUUAGGAAUCUGAAGCUAGCGAAGACGUUCAGCAUCGUCGUCGGCGCCUUCUUCGUCUGCUGGGCUCCGUACUUUGCCGUGAUGCUGCUGAACGUGUUCGAGGUGCGACGGGGGCCGCUGGGGAUGCUGCGCGGGCUGGGAUACCUGAUGGCCUGCUGCAACUCGAGCGUUAACUUCUUUGUCUACGCCGGACAGAGCAAGACAUUCCGCAGGGCGUUCAGGGCGGUGCUGCCCUCGCGCGGCGGAAACUAG